AGUUAUUACAGGUUAUAGAUAUUACAGGUUAUAGUUAUUACAGGUUAUAGUUAUUACAGGUUAUAGAUAUUACAGGUUAUAGUUAUUACAGGUUAUAGUUAUUACAGGUUAUAGAUAUUAUGUGAUUCUGGAUUCAGGGAAAUUCUUGAUCUUUGUACUUGUUUUAAGAAAACAAGACUUUAAGGACUCGAUAAUGGGAAAAGGUUUCUGGUAAAAUAGAGGAAACCGUUUUCACAAACAAAUAUAAUGAAAUGUUGUUAUGGAUCAUAAAUCAGCUCUAAAUUUAGACACUCUAAAAGUCAAAAGUGGGAUCAAAUCACUGAAACUGAUCCUCAACUGUGAGACAUCAGGAGAAGCACGCGGACGUCUGCGCGCACACAUUCAUUCAUUUUGAACAUUUCAGAGCUCCGCAUUGACCCAUCAUGCAUCACGGUGGAGCACAGACAGACUCACAUCCGGGUGACCGGGUCAGAUCUGACCUGCAGGAAUUGGGUUUGCUGUGUUUUAACGUGCAGAUAAUCUCGGUUUGCCCCAUUUGGUGACACAGAAAGAGCGCACUGAUUACGCACAGCACGCGCCGACGGUAUCUGGGGGCCAGAUUGCUUUUGUGGGGCCCCCACUUCUCCUUUUUUUCUCAACUGUGCAAUUUCCUUUUCAAUCACGCCGGGUCUACAGCUUGCACAAGCGCAGCCAUUGUGAUGCAAAGCAGGAAACCCUCCUCUCGCUAUUAAUUAUGUAUGCGUAAAAUGACGGAUUCAUAUGUCCGGAGUUAACUGUCACGCCAGCGCACAUGCUGCAGGGCCACAGUGGGUUGAAAUGUGUGUUUGGUAUAAUGUAGCUGGCUGAAUUUAACUCCAUCGUUCGGUGCGUAAAAGCGCGUCUCUGAUCUGUGUUGCGAUCUUUAGUUGUCCUGGAAAGUCUUUGAAUGUCUUGAAUUCUAAAAUCUGAACCCAAGGUUCUGCAAACAGUUCAAUUAAUUGUUAUAACUGAUUAUAACUGUGGCUCUAGCUAAUUCUGUCUUAAACCCGAAAUCAUUUUCACUUUUAUUUCAUUUAAUAUUUCGCUCUAAAAUCUCGUCACGGUUCUGCUGCAGCUUAUAAUUCUACAAGAUCCACUUUUCUUAUUGUUAUUUCCCAUCACUUGUCCUGGACAUCGUUAUGUGGACAGAUUCCUCCUUUUUGGACAAAUCAGAGCCCCCACCGCCCAAAGGAGACACAUAAAGCCGAGGCACGUGUAGAUUUCUAUACAAACUCAUCAGACCGUAAAAGCAGGAGCCUCCUGGCGUGUGCCCGGGUCGAGACGAGGGGGCGGAGGAGAGAGAGAGAGUGUGUGUGUGUGUGUGUGUGUGUGUGUGUGUGUGUGUGUGUGUGUGUGUGUGUGUGUGUUUAGGGAGGGGGUGAAAUACAAUAAAACCCUCAGGUACAUCUGCUUUGCAAUCUGCAAAUCCUCCCUCCAUCACCCCCCUCCCCCUCCAUCAGCCUCUCCAUCCUUCCACACCCACUCCCCAAAUCCACUGGGGACCUCGGCUCCUUCUGAUUGGUCGGGGAUGAGUCAACGAGGGGGGACUGGAACCAUGUCAUCAUGUCGCCUUAAAAAGAGUGCAGCUAUGUUGUGGUGAAAGCACGUCGGGAGGAGGACAGAGGAUCAAUAGCAGCAGGAAACAACAACAAAAAGACGCAUCAGAUGUUUCUGUCCGCGAGCGGCUGAAAGUGGAUUUCUUCUCCCCGCAGCAGCGUCCAAAGUGCCUUCAGCUCUCCGUCCAGCGCGAACAUGCCGAGAGGAUUUUUGGUGAAAAGGAACAAGAAACCCAACCCGGUGUCCUAUCGGGUCCGCUCCGACGAGGAGGACGCGGAGCCAUCAGCGGCAGAUGCGCCUCCACUGCCGCCGCCUUCAUCCUGCGUGCCUCUCGCCUACUUCCCGGUGCGUACACAGACGCCGACGCCCACCUGCGGGGCGGCGGCCACGGCUCCGGAGCAGGUCGCCAGACCGGUGCAAUUCGGGAACCCGGAGGCGGUGUACCAGGCGCUCUACAGCCCCACCCGCCCUGUCAGCCAGGACCAUGACCGCUCCUACGAGAGACGCUUCAACCUCGGAUCACCGGUCUCUGCGGCGUCUUUCCCCACAACAGCAUCUCUCCCCGCUUUGGACCACCUCUUCUCUCCGGUGGACUUGAAAAUCGGCUCCAGCAACAGCAGCCGCACCGGAACCAGCGCUACAUCCACCGCGACGCUCCCAACUGCAGGGACAAAACGGCCGUCCAGCGACACCGAGCGCAAAGGUAAACCGACGUCCAAGAAAACCAAAGCUAUCCGGAAACUGCACUUUGAGGAUGAUGUCACCACAUCUCCGGUGCUCGGGCUCAAGAUCAAAGAGCCGGUGGACUAUAAGCCUCCCAGACCGCAGGGACCCGGAGGUGACAACAUCCCACUGGGAGAGUUUGUGUGCCAGCUGUGCCGGGAGGCGUACGCGGACCCGCUCGGUUUGGCUCAGCACAAGUGCUCCAGGAUAGUCCGGGUCGAGUACAGGUGUCCCGAGUGUGACAAGGUGUUCAGCUGCCCGGCUAACCUCGCCUCGCACCGGCGGUGGCACAAACCGAAGCCGCAGAGCGGACCCCCCGCUGUGCAACAUUUGGAGAGCGACAAAGCGGCCGCGUCCGGUAAGACCGCGCCGGAUGAAGCGAAGGAUUCUAGUGACAGGGACACACCCAGCCCGGGCCCGUCCGAGUCUGGCUCAGAGGAAGGGCUGUAUGAUUGUAAUCACUGUGGGAAAAAGUUUAAGCGCCAAGCGUACCUGCGGAAGCACCUGGCGUCUCAGCACGGCUCCCCAAAACCGGCGGAGGACGAGGACACGCCGGCCUGCGAGCCGAGCGCGGCGCCGCUCAACCUGAGCUCCUCCAGCUGCCACAUGUGUCCCGUCUGCGGGGAGAACUUUUCCAACAGAGGCAGCCAGGAGCGGCACAUCCGCCUGCUGCACUCCUCACAGGUGUACCCGUGCAAAUACUGCCCCGCCGUGUUUUACAGCUCCCCGGGACUCACCAGACACAUCAACAAGUGCCACCCGUCCGAGAACCGGCAGGUGAUCCUGCUGCAGAUGCCGCUCCGACCCGCCUGCUGAUCCGGGACUUCCGGCUGCUUUCACACCCUCAGAUACCAAGAACACAAAGUUAGUUUCUGAGAGGAUUUCAGGAUUACACUGCAAACACUCGUUUCUCAAACAGUUUGAGCUCCUAAAAUCUGACUUCUUAAAAUCAUGUGAAAGAUCAAUGUCACUUUGGUGAGCGGCUGUCUCUCUUGUUUCAGAGCGGCUCAAAAUCACCACAUUUGAAUCAGUCGUCCUAUUCCAAGACACUUAACACUCAGACAUUUGGCCUGUUUUGACUUAUUAUGGGAUGUUAAUUCUAGAAAAUGCACAAAUCACAUAAAGAUGAAUGAUUAUCAGCAGGUCCGGACACACUGACUCACUGAGGUCAGAGAAGAAAGUAAAGGAUAUUAUGUUUGCAGUGUAACAGCAAACAAUUAGUAGAGGUCAAAGGUCAGCCGCACACCUGCAGCUGGCAGGGAUUCAGUGCCUUGCUCAAGGACACUUCAGCAGGUUCUGGGUGUGUGUUUGAACCCUGGCCUAUAAUCCCCCACCCCCCACCCCCCCUUACUUCUGACGUCAUACUUCAAACACUUAAAGCGUUAGACUGUUAAUUUAUUUUUCUAGCAUCUCUGCACAAGUGCUAUUAGCUUCUAGACCUAAGAGAAGGGACGACCUGUAGCCGAUGAGAAGCAGAAGUCACGUCUGUCAUCACUCUGAGUAGCUUUAACGUAGCUCGUGAUCUGUGGAUCAGUAGCUGUUGCCUGAAAACAAAAGAGUACAACGUAGUGUAGCCGGUGAUGCCUUCGGAUUAGAACCUCCUGCUGUAAAACUGCCUUAAAUUGAUCGUCUUUCGAUCACUUAUUUAUCGCUGGCUGGGUACGAUAUGAUUAUUAUUUUUACAAAGCCUUCUGUCUUACCACUAUACAGUAUAUCGAACUCCUUCUUUCUCUAUUUAUUUAUGUAUUUAUUAAAUUAUUUGUGUAAAUUAUUGCUGCGUGUGGUCUGUGAUCUGUUGCUGUGGUUUUUCAUGAUGUAGCCAAAUUUAUUUUCUUUCAUUCUUAUGAAAACGAUGUGAAGAGGACGGUGCGUUCAAGUGACAUUAUAGCAAUCAAUGACUUCUGUCGGCCGCUCCUGGAUGAAUAAUAACCCAAUGCAAUCAUUGAUUUAUUUUGUUUUGUAUUUAUGUUUUGGUUUCCAUUAGCUCUUAUACUGCUUUGGAUGUUUCUGCAGUAUUUUGCUAAAUGUCCAAAUAUAAUAAAAACCAAACUGAG